UUCCUUUUUGUUUCUCAAUUUUAUAUCUUAUCUGCUUAGGCCUGUUUGGUUUCCGAGAAAAUGUGGGGAACUAUAAGAAAAGGAAUGAAAUUCAAUAACGUCCUCAACCUCAAUCUUCCAUUUUCCACGGCCAUACCUGGCGUUAUACCACUCCUGAGUUUGAAACGUAAAAACUUUUUUUUUUUUUUUUUUCAUUCUUUUCCCCUAUUUUCCUGGAAUCUAAACAUCGAUUUUCCUUUUGGUGCUCAGAUUAUAAUCAGGAUUAUUCAGUAUGUGGCUCAACCACACCGAGAGUUUGCCCAUUUUAGUUGUUUUUUCUUUUCAAUUAAGGCAUUUUAGUCUGAACUUUUGUGAAAAAAGUUAGGCGUUGUGUGGCAAUUGGACCUUGAGUUUGCUUGAUUUCUUUCUUAAUAAUUUUUAAGGGUUUUGAGUUCUGUAACUUAUUCGAAAGGCUCUGUUUUGGUGGAAAAUUUAUUCUCUGGGAGAACUGUGUUUGUGAGAGAAAUGGAAAUUCGACGGGAGAAAGAGCGGUACUUUUUUUUUUACUUAGUGAAGUGUUAUGUUAAGAUAUUGUGAUAGUCAGUGUGAUAAGGCUUUGUUUGUUUUGAUGGAAAAAUUUUGCAGACUAAGAUUUUCCUAAGGUUCAGUUUGGUUAUAUUAUUAUCACCAUAUUUUGGUCAUGGAAAUUGUUUACACAGUUUCUGAACGGUGACGUGUUGAUCGUAGGGUAGUCCUUCUAACGGUGAGAGCCUGAAGACGAUUGUUGGGCCGAUGGACUUGGAAUAUGCAAAACAGAAAAAAGGGUUCGCCGGUGACGCUUCCUCCGAUGAUUAAGUUAGUCGCUUUUUUUGUGAAGAGAAAGGAGAAUAAUAAUUAAUGUCACUGGCCAGGUGUUGAAGAGAGAAGAGGUUUUUCAUCGUUUUUGGACACUGCUUCUCCACUAAGCUCAGUAGGCAGUAGUGCUGGUUUUGUCUAUGAGGUGCGAGGAACGCAGCCGUCCAAGAGUACAAAGAAUGAAAGAAAAGGAAAUGAGAUCCUCUAUGGUUCUUUCUUUGUCCUCGAUUUGUCUGUCAUUGCAUUCCUUCCACAAGCACUACAAAAGACAACAAGGAACCAUCUUCCACACGACUACACUUCGGGAGCUACCACCUGUCCACCAGCAAGCGAAUAAAUCUACCACCCGAAAAGGCAUAACCCAAGACAGACUGAAGCGACUAAAGAUGGCAUUCCAUAGAGUGCGUGUGACCUCGCAGUGGAAAAGAAGUUUUUGUGGGUGGUACUGAUGGAAGUAGUAGUGAUGGACCCCUAUGCGACCAAUCCUGGACCAGUUGAUAGUUCCAUACUCUAUGAUCAGGAGAAACAUGUUUCAUCAGCAGUUUGGGAAGGGCAGGAGCGUGGUGCACUUAGAUGUCAUGAGCACACUUCAAAGCUUGAUCAAUGGACACUUACAGCAAAACAGAUUGAGUUGGUAGAGAAGGCUGGAUUUGGCUACUUGAAAUUGAUUCCAGCAAUUAGUCUAGACAACCCUCUUAUCUCUGCACUAGUUGAGAGAUGGAGGAGAGAAACCAAUACAUUUCACUUGAAUGUUGGAGAAAUGACCGUAACCCUUAAAGAUGUUGCGCUCUUGCUUGGUUUGGCAAUUGAUGGAGAACCUGUAAUAGGCAUAACGCAUACCACGUGCAGCUCGGUUUGUGAAAAGUAUCUUGGGAGAGCUCCAGAGUCUGGUUACACUAGUGGUGGAAUGGUGAAGCUAAGUUGGUUGAAAGAGUUCUUUUCUCAAUGUCCUGAAGAUGCACCAAUUGAAGUGAUUGAGCAGCAUACACGUGCUUACCUUCUAUAUCUUGUAGGCAGCACAAUAUUUUCCACUACUACUGGAAAUAAAGUCCCUGUCAUGUAUCUUCCAUUGUUUGGGAAUUUUGAGCAAUGUGGAAAUUAUGCAUGGGGGGCAGCUGCACUGGCAUUCUUGUAUAGGGCCCUUGGAAAUGCCUCCCUUAGAUCUCAAAGUACUAUCAGCGGCUGUUUGACGCUACUACAGUGUUGGAGUUACUUUCACCUGAAUGUUGGGAGACCAAAGCUCAAUCAUGAUCCGAUGCAUGAUCGUUUUCCAUUUGUAUUAAGGUGGAAAGGAAAACAAAGUGGCCCAACAGCAAACCGUGAUGUAGUUUUUUACCGUAAGGCUUUGGAUUCGCUGAAAAAUUGUGAUGUGGAGUGGCUCCCGUACAAAAAUAUGGACAGUAUGGUAAUUCCUGAAGAUAUUAAAAGUACUCUAAUUCUUGGGAGGUCAAGGACAAUGUUGAUAUGCUUUGACAAGGCAGAAAGACAUCUUCCAAAUCGCUGCCUAAGGCAAUAUGGCAUGCUUCAAUCAAUUCCAGAAGAUGUGCAGCGAUGGGAGAGAAAAAGUCGUGGCGUUGAUGGUGGGGUUGACUUGUCAGGUAAAAUGGAGUUGGAGCUUAAAGAAUGGUUGGACCGACGACUCCAUAUUGUGGAAGGUGAUGAUGGUGCAGAUGAGAGUGAGUACAUGCAAUGGUAUCUGGGAAUCACUCGUAAAUUUGUAGGAAGGCCUAUUUCUCUUUCAUCUGAGUUUCAAAGAACAAAUGCUGGUUUGAGGGAUAUUGCGCACAUAGCAGAUACGUUCUCGACAAAAGGGUUGGAUCCCCAACAAAUUGAUUCAAUUUCAAGGAUCAGGUAUAUUGCACAUGAAUGUCUGAGGGACCAAAUUGGAGGCCCAGUCAUAGUUUCAGCAAGCCCAGAAACUGAACUUGGGAAAAGGGUAAGAGGAAAAGAGAGGGUAAGGAGGAAGGGUAGUGGAAAACGUCUCCGGAAGGAUGAUCUAGUGCAGAAUAAUGAAGCUAGUGAUGAAGAUCAAUCACAGUUUGGUGGUGCUGCCAUGGAGGUUGAUCAACUACAAUUAACCCAUGCUGAUAGAGAGGUGGAUCAGUUGCAGAUAUGUCCCAUAGAUAGUGAAGUCAAUGAUUUGCAGCUAAUUCAUGCAACAGAUGAGGGUGAUAAUGCACAGCUUUGCAAUGCAGAUACUGAGGUUGAACAUUCGGAGCCAAGCCAUGCUUCAGGUGAGGAAGAAAAUGUAGAACUAAAUCAUGCAGCUAGUAAGGAAGAAAACGGAGAGCUAAGCCAUGCAGCUGGUCUCGAAGAAAACGCAGAACUAAGCCAUGCAGCUGGUAAGGAAGAAAAUGCAGAGCUAAGCCAUUCAGCUGUUAAGGUUGAUGAUAAGCAGCAUCCUGAAGCACCUAAGGAGGUUGAGGACUUGCAGCUUUCUGAAGGAACGAAGCUGAUGAACGGCUCUCAACUUUGUAAUGCAACUAAAGAGAUUGGUGACUCACAGCUUGAUGACGUAACUAAGGAGGUUACUGAAACACAGCUGUCCGUUGCAAGUAAUGAGGUUGGUGACGAAACUAAGGACGUUGAAUCGCAGCACUCUCUUGCAGCUAAUGAAUUAGGUGAUGCAACUAAAAAGUUUAUUGAAUCAGAGCUUUCUGUUCCAACGAAUGAGGUAGAUUAUUCACAGUUUUCAAGUGAGAGUGAUCCACAGACUGAUAAAGAAGCAUUAGAUGUUGUUCCACCGUCAUCUCCUGAAAAUCAUGAAGACACUGCAAAGCAGGGUGAUUGCAGCGUAGUAGUAUAAAAUGAAGACCCUACCAUGUGAUUUUGUAGAGGUAUUCCUGUCUCGAUAUGUAAAAGGUGUCCAUAUAUAAUGUGAUCAUUAUAGAUAUUCUCUCUUGUGCGUGACUGCACCUACAGCUCGUGAAUAUAAAAUUCCAUUUUAUCA